AAAGCCUGAAACACAGAAGUAAACAUGAAAGCUCAUAGAAGUUUUCUGCUUUGUUUAGCUAUUUGCUUGGCAUGCUCUAUAGGAUCCAAGGGAAUGCCUAUGGCAAGAAUGAACGAGCUGAGGUGUAUUUGCAUAAGUACAGAGACAAAGUUUGUCUCCCCUAAAUAUUUCCAGAAUGUUGAGAUUAUUCCCAAAGGACCACACUGCAAAAAUGUGGAAGUGAUAGUAACAUUAAAAAAUGGACAAGAAGUAUGCUUGGAACCAACAAUCUCAUGGGUUAAGAAGAUUGUUAAUAAAAUUCUAGACAGCUCAAAAACUGCAGCUCCAGCUAAGUAAAGUAGCAAAUGACAAAAGUGGCAAGAAGUUGUACGCAUCAACAUAAGGAAAGAACGCACAUGAAACAACUGAAUCCAAACUCCUCUAAUGAAGAAAAUGUUUGUUUAAUUUCCAUUUUUAUUGAAGAUCUAUUCUAUUUGAUACAAUUCAUUCAA